CUUCAGUCCUGAAUUAGCUGCCCUUUUUAAGCUGCUGUUCUUGGAAUUAAUACUGAUCUUCUUGUAUUCUGAAGAAUCAAGAAUGAGGAAAUAUUGGCUGCCAAUUACUUCAGUCUUUGCUUUUUUUCUACUUCCACAUUUCAUUGAUUGUUUAUCAAAUGAAGAGAUCCAACUCAACAGCCAGUUGAUUAGCAUCAAUCAACAUGUUCCCAAGGUGAAUUCUCACAAGAUAUUUGAUAUUGAAAUUCAUGGAAUACUAUUAUGGGCUUCAAUGGGAUUCUUGAUGCCUGCUGGAAUACUCACAAUAAGACUCUCCAACACAGAGGAGUGUAGCAGAACAAAACUCAAAAUUCUCUUUCAUCUUCAUGGAACUCUUCAGGUGCUCGCUGUGCUGUUGGCUACUGCUGGAGCUGUGCUAUCAAUAAAGAGCUUUGAGAAUUUGUUCAACAACAAUCACCAAAGAAUAGGCUUAGCACUUUAUGUUGCCAUCUAUAUCCAAUUUCUUAUAGGAUUUCGAAGGCCUAAGAGGGGAAGUAAAGGAAGAAGUGUAUGGUACUUUUUCCAUUGGCUUCUUGGAACAACAAUAUGCUUGGCAGGAAUUAUCAACACUUACACAGGCUUAAAUGCCUACCAUGAAAGAACAUCAAAACCAGUAAGCCUCUGGACAAUAAUUUUUACAGCUCAAAUCUCAUUCAUGGGACUUUUCUAUCUUUUCCAAGACAAAUGGGAGUACAUACAAAAACAAGGGGUCAUUCUUGAAAAUAAUGAAACUAUGACACCCCAAGUGGAAAUAGUUGUUCCUCAGACUGAUGAGCAAAAAAUGAUUAUGAGAAGUGAAUCAGGAAGGAAAAGCAAUGCACUUGGGACUUUCUUUUCUAGAAGCAAUGUCCUCAACAAGUUACUUCAGGACACAAAAGCAACAUCAUGGGUAGGAGCAGAUGGGAAAGUAUACCAUAGCCAUGAUGGGUUGGCUCCUCACUCUCAUGAACCUAUUUACUCACCUGGCUACUUUAGCAGAAGGGCACCUCCACUUAUUGACAGGAACUUCAGUGAAAGAGCCUUUACUAUUGGAAUUGGUGGUCCUGUUGGUACUGGGAAAACAGCUCUAAUGCUGGCAUUAUGUAAACUCUUAAGGGAACAAUACAGUCUUGCAGCAGUAACAAAUGAUAUAUUCACGAAAGAAGAUGGAGAGUUCUUAAUAAAACAUGGUGCAUUGCCGGAGGAAAGGAUUCGAGCAGUGGAAACAGGAGGGUGCCCACAUGCUGCUAUUAGGGAAGAUAUUAGCAUUAACCUUGGACCUCUUGAGGAGCUUUCUAAUUUGUACAAAGCAGAUAUACUACUCUGUGAAUCUGGUGGAGACAACCUAGCUGCCAAUUUCAGUAGGGAACUUGCUGACUACAUAAUCUACAUAAUAGAUGUAUCAGCGGGUGACAAAAUUCCUCGAAAAGGAGGUCCCGGAAUUACACAAGCAGAUCUCCUUGUGAUAAAUAAGACCGACUUGGCACCAGCUGUGGGAGCAGAUUUGUCUGUCAUGGAGCGUGAUGCACUUCGGAUGCGGGAUGGUGGCCCUUUUGUUUUUGCUCAGAGCAAGAAAUCAAUGGAGGAAGGCGGGAAUAAUAAGGAGAAGAAGAGGGUGGUUGUGGAGUCGUUAGGAUGGCUAACGGAAUCCACCAUCAUGCCCAAAAAGAUCCGACCAAUUGAAGGCGUCGGUGCUUCUUCCAUCCUUGAGCUUAAAGCCCAAUUAUACAAAUCUCAAGAAGAGGCCAAACGCGUUGCCAAGGAGACCAUCCACCCUUCUACUGCUGACCCAAAUUAUUCCCAUCUAGAGAUCCACCGUGCUAAGAAGAAGAUAACUGCCAAGAACGUCUUUUCGUCUAAGAAUCAUGGGGUUGAUGCCAGAGAGGCCAAGGACAAGCUUGAGAUGAAAGCAAUCAAGGAUGGAUCAGUAAGCUAUGCUGCCUUAGAACGAAAGGCUAAGUUAUACGAUAAGCUGGUGAGAGGUGAGCUUUCUGACGGGGAGGAGGAAGAGAAGUACUGUGUUGAUUUCUUUCGGAAGGGACAGGAGCAGGAAGACUCUGCGCAGCUUCAACGGCAUGAUAUUUCUAACACAGAACCAAGAGAUGAAGAUGGAAAUGAUGAUGCCUCCCUAAUGUCAGACACAAAAGCUGCAGGACCUGGCCGCCAAGCUGGCACAUUCGACCGAAGUGAACAUAAGCGUUUUGUAAUGGAAGUUCAUGAAGAAGCAAGUCAAGCAAGGGAAAAAGCAUCAGAACUCAAGGUACGUAGGCAAGAACAAGUUGCAGCACGUCGAGAAAAACUAAAGCAGGCUUAUCUCCGUAAGCAGAUUGAGAAAUUGAAGGCUUCCAAGACAGAGCAGACAUAGACCUGAGGAGGUGUUUUUGAGGCUGGAAGCUUCAUUUGAACAAGCCCUGAGGUUAGCGAAUCCAAGCAUCAGCUUUUGGCAACUUAAUGGCGGGAUGCAUCUAGCACUUUCAAAUGACUUUCUUAGAAGAGACCAAGUAGUUUCAAGUUUCAGUGCAGCUUUUUGUUUUAGAGAAUGGAAAAAAAAUUCGUGAAUGUCUCAUCUUUUUAGUGAUUAGAGAGAAUAAUUUUUUUUUGUUAUUACGGUGUUUAGACAUCUGCUAAUGCUGAGAGGCUAAAUUCAACGGAUAUUAUACUGUUGAUGAGCAAAAGUAUACGAUGUAUAAGAGUGAAAAUGCGACUCCACUGGGGAUCGAACCCAGAAUCUCUGGUUUCGUAGACCAGCGCCUUAUCCAUUGGGCCAUGGAGU